AUGGAUGUGGAGAGUGUAGCGACCAACAAGAAGGACAAAGACUCUGCACUGUCCAUUAAGACCGAGCUCUCAGACUCAGACAGCCUCUCCAGCCCCACCCGCCACAGCCUCAACCUGUCGGACGGCUCGGAGGACCAGCUGGACCGCCUCCAGCAGGUGGAGCUUGCCAGGACCACACCCAUGUCUCAGUGGAGGGCGGGAACGGUGCAGGCCUGGCUGGAGGUUGUCAUGGCGAUGCCCAUGUACAUCCGCUCCUGCUCGGAAAACGUCAAGAGUGGCAAGGUUUUACUGGGACUAACAGAUGAAGACCUGGAGCUGGGUUUAGGUGUCAGCAGUUUAAUGCAUCGUCGCAAACUCCGCCUGGCCAUUGAAGAUUACAGAGAUGCUGAGAACGGAAGAGGGCUCUCCAAAGCUGCAGACAUGGACCAUCACUGGGUGGCCAAAGCCUGGUUAAGCGACGUGGGCUUGCCUCAGUACUCCCAGGCCUUUCACACUCACCUGGUAGACGGGCGCAUGCUGAACUCCCUGACACGUCGCGACUUGGAGCGUCACCUCAACAUCACCAAGAAGUUCCAUCAGGCUCUGCAGGCUCGCCGGAUACAGUGUGAACACCAGAACGUGGAUCCGUUGGUGUGGACCUCUCAUCGGGUCAUGAAAUGGAUCAGGGAUAUUGACCUCAAGGAAUUUGCUGAGGGUCUGUUAAACAGCGGAGUCCACGGAGCUGUCAUGGUGCUUGACCCCACUUUCAACACGGACGCCAUGGCAACAGCACUGGGAAUCCCCGGCAGCAAGCACAUGGUUCGCCGACACCUUGUUGAGGAGAUGAAAACACUAAUUGGUCCAGCCAGAGCCGAUGCCAAACAGGACUACGAGCAUUUAGGCCUGGGAACGCCACCAACCCUGCUUCGCCAGAACUCCCUGGGCAGACCGCCCAGCUCCACCAGCCGACACGCUGAUGAAGAGGGCUCGCUGAGGAGGAGGGCUGUCAAACCUCCAGCAGGUUUCAGCCCCAAAGCCCGCAGUGGACGAGACUUGAGCUGCCACGGCAGCUAUGGCUCCCUGCCCAGGGAAGUCCGAGACCACACUCCGCCCAGAGCCGAGGGAAGCCCGAUCCGCGGUUACACCAGCAUCGAGGUCACCAAUGUGUGACGUCAUCAGACUGUGACAAACACCAGUCAUUCGCUUCGUCGCAGCUAAAACUCCAACAUGGACAUUUGUCAUCCAUGCGCACCUGAACAUGGGAUGCUUUUAAGUUUUACUUUUUUUAAAGAUGAGCCUUUACAGGAAAGAUUGCACUUUGUAACAGGGGCAGGAUUCUUUUUUACAAGUUUCCUGGUUUCAGAAAACUGUGGACACGAGUGAGGUGUUUUUUGGGGGGACAGUAAGUUCUCUUCCCCCAUGAAAGAAUCACAAACAAACAAAUGAAGGACUCCAGCAAAAUGCUAUUUUUCUAUUCCUUGUGUGUAAACCAGGACGUGACUUGUCGAUUUGUUUUUGUUGACUGGUUGCUAUGAACAGUCUCUUUCUCUGAAGGAAAUGAGAUUUUAAAACGACUGUUUGUAUUAUACAGGGUACUUAAUGACAAAAAUGACAAAAAAAAAAAGAAUCUUUCAUAUCAAUGUAAAUUGCUUUUGUUCCAUUCAAAUCUGCUGUUUGUGAUGCCUUGUCAGUGUGGCUGAGGAAAAAACAAAACAAAACAAAAAGACUUGAACUGAAUUUUAAAUCCUAGAAUAUAUGUUUGAUAGUCAUUUUUCAUCUCGCACAUUCACACUGUUGUGUCUAAACAAAUGUAGCACCUCUUCUGAUGUUUUAUACUGUGCAGUAAACAAAAAAAAAUAUUUGAACAAUGCCAACAAAAGACGACUGCAAAGCUGUACGACUGUGAAAAAGAAAAGAAGGCAAUUUUGUGGAAAUGAAAGAGUAUUCCUUAUGAUGAAAUAAAGAUGACAUCUCAAACACAA